AUGGAUAAGCUCCAACUUGUUUCCCUUCGUUCAGCAUCCCAACCGGGGGUCGAAUCGCGAUUGAUAAUUCGACAUGAGGAGGCUGGGAUGCCUGGGAAGACGCUUGGGCGACUAUACUCCGCCGCCGGGACAAGCAUCGCACGUUUCGUGAAUAUGACCGCUCUGGGGCGUGGUUAUGGCCCCGCAGCUGUGGCGGAGCCCAUUGACAACUUUUUCGAUGGGAAACAAGAGAAGGGAGUUUCGGUACAUGAUCUGCAACAGCGACGACAGAUUCCAGCAGAUAUUGUGAGAGGUUGUCAACGGCUUGUGAAUUUCGCGUUCCGCUCCGAGACGCCACAGACCCAACUCACGGCCUUCAAGAAGAUUAUAGCCCUCUCAACUCGAUUUCCUGGGCUCAACACAAUCUUUUCGCAAAACGAUAAUGUAGUUUCAACGGCAAAUGGUCUAUUCAGGCUGUGGGAUCGUCCGGAAGACACUGCUUGCGACGCUCGGUGGCAUUUCAUGUGCGAAUUUGCCGCCUAUUGCGUCACAGAACGGUCGAUUUCCGCGCUAAUUGGACGACAAGCGCUCUCGGCUCUUUCCUCUGCAGUAGACGUUUCAUCUGGUCUAAGUGUCAUCGAGCAUGUGCUCAAUGCGUCGGAAUAUGAUGCCCAAAUUCCAUUCGACAGCCAUUUAUCGAUACGCUACCUUGCCAGCAUACUCCGACUGAAGGGAUUCUGGCAGUAUCUGCAGUCGGAGGUGGAAGGAGAGGGCCACAUCUACUCGGGUAUCGCCGAUAAACUCCUUCGACGCGCGAUUUUCUUGCUUCAGGAUCUUGGCUCUGACAAUGAUGCGGAAGCUGCGGAAACGGCGACUUCAUUUGUACCUCUGUGUUUGGACGAAGAGGGUGUUGACUUGUAUUGUGGCUCGAUUCUGCGAGGCUUGCGCACACACGUAUUUUCAAUACCAUCGUCAGUCGCAAAUCAACUUUGGUAUCGAAACCUUGUGGAGGUUGUGACCGCUAUUCGCCAAUUGGAGUGGGCCACAAGGCUUCCUGUGUCCAGACAACUCGUCCUUGACGACAUCUAUGAACGACAUUUCCCGUUUCGUAUGAAAGAGGUGGAAGUCAUUGUGGAGCUAUUAGGUGUAACGACGGAACAAGCUGAACAAGAGACUCACACCGACGCCGAAUCAGACAGCCUGGACCCAGUGAUCGACUCCGAGUUUUCCGGUCCUGUUCAUUCCUCUGGUCUUCCAUUGACCGAGUAUAUUCGACCCACUAGUACGGGUCUGGCUGCUCAAUUACGCCAGCUUCUCCCGCGCCGCGCUCUUUUCCGUGUGCGGAUCCACAUUCAUCAAGUUUCGAAUGUACCAUAUGAAGACGGCGAGCUCGCUGCGCGCUGGAAGUUCAAAAACACACGGAAAAUCACUGAAUUCAACGAUGAAGAACCGGCAUCUCCUCGCGGCCAAACGCUUUGGAGGCCCCUUCACGAUUACUCUGCAGCGUGGGACCACCAGUUGUGGGCGUAUGUUCAGAUGUCAAUCGACCGUAACUCGCACGAGCUGGUUCAACACCCGUUUAAGCUCAGCAUUCUACAGCGGGUGCUAAACGGUGCUAAUCGGGACCCUGUACUUGGAGCCCUUGACCUCGACCUGGCCGAAUACACGGACAGUAACCCCCAGUCGGGGCCGGCGAAGGGCAUCAUUAACCGUCGCUACCUUCUUAACUACAGCAAAACCAACGCUCUUGCGCAACUGUCCAUCCAUGUCGAACCUGUCGGCCAAGCACCGCAGUUUAUUGCUCGGCGGCUAGCUGGCUUUCCUCCUCCUAUUGAAAAUUUCCCGCCCGAAGUUUCGGACGACGGCAUCAAUAUUUGA